AUGCGUGUCACAAUCUGCCUUGGUGCGAUCCUCGCAACUGUCGCCAUUGCAGCUCCCCUCCUUGAGGGUGUUACCAGCACACUCGACCUUGAGUCGGUCGAGCAGGAGCUCAACAUUGUAAACACUCUUCCAAUCGAGCUUCCAGUCCGAAGCAUUAGCCUCCCUAUUCCGACUGAAGAUCUCACAAACACGCUGGAUCUCGAAGCCGUCACAGAAGGCUUGAACCUUCCAGUCAAGCGUCUGCUCGGUCUUUCAACAGACGAUCUCACCAAGGAAGUAGACCUCGAAGCCAUCACCGAGUCACUCAGCCUUCCCGUCAAGCGUCUUCUUGGUCUCGAUGGCCUCCUAGGCACUGUUACCGGCCUUCUAGAUGGCGUCCUGGCAGAAGUCAACAGCCUCGAAGCCAGACUCACAGCCAUCGUUGCUGACGUCGAGAACCUCGAUGUCGCUGCUGCACUAGCCGAAGUAGAAACGGCAGUCAACGAUCUCCUUGCCCAGGUCCAAAGCAUUGCUGCUACUGCGGGCGUCACGUUGGACCUAUCGACACUCAACCCAACACUCGAGACGCUCUCUAUCGAGGUGAACGACCUUCUCGUCUUGGUUGGCGAGCUCACCGAUGGCGGUGUGGUUGGCGACACUGUUACCGAGAUCAAGGGCGUCCUCGGCAAUGUGUUAGCUACAGUGAAGGGCCUCCUUGGCUAA